CUCGUCCGCUGUAGAGGAAGAAGCUUCGCUUUCCGUUUCCUCGUCCGCGAUGUGAAUUUCCGGAAAUGUCUGCGACGGAAUCAAACCCCAAACUCGAGCCCGGCACCCGUCUGCCCCUGCACCACCGCAACCCCAGCUACACAAUCCGCGUAAUCUGUUGCGUCCUCUUCAUCUUCGUCACCGAAAUCUGCCUGGCCCACUACAUCUACCGACUGAUUAACUCCGAAAUCCGGAGCGACUACGUGUCGAAAGAAGACUUCCGCCAGUAUUUCCUCAACGAGAUCCGCGGCGACCAGGCCAAGGACGAAAUCGUGCGGAUUUUGAUCCUGCGGGAGCACCAGGGGGGCACCAGACGGCGACGCGAUGCCCCCGACCUCGACUACCAGAUGCUCAACUCGCCGAGCGAUGAGCCGCACGUGGAGUUUUUCAGUCCGGAGAUGAGGAGUACGCUGGAGAAGAAGGACGAGUUGAUUAGGCAGCAGACCGGGAACAAGGGGGCCGCUCCAGGGGGCGACUCGUGGAUCUGGCUCACGAGCUACAGUAGGAUUCCGGAAAAGGCUUUGGAGGGCUACUGCAAGAAGGUGCACCAGUUUUGUCCUCCGGGCCGUCCGGGACCUACAGGACCACCAGGAAGUCAAGGCCCUAAGGGCGACAGAGGCGACAAAGGAUUUCCUGGAGUCCCGGGACAAAUGGGUCAUCGCGGUUUACCAGGCCUUCCGGGAGAAAAAGGAGCACAAGGUCGUCCCGGAUUAGACGGGAGAGAUGGUAUUCCGGGCGAGCCAGGCUUAGAUGGUAUGCCCGGACGCAACGGUUACGAUGGUGUUCCUGGUGUCAAUGGGAGACCGGGGUUGCCGGGCAGAGAUGGGCGCAAUGGAACUGAUGGACUCCCCGGGUUGCCAGGCCCUCAAGGACCCCCGGGUCCCCCCGGACCCAAAGGACUUACGGGCCCUAAAGGGAAGCCCGGAAGACACGGCCGAGACGGAGAUCCGGGAAAACCGGGAGGGACGUUUUAUCAAAUCAACGGAAAAAAUGUCUCCGAAUUGCUAAUACCGCCCUCGAUUGCAGGAGCUCAAGCGACUCCAAUGGGGCCCAUUGUGGUACACGAGGGAGAAAAUGUUCGAUUGCACUGCUCGGCGAUUGGUGCUCCCAAUCCCCACGUGACCUGGUUGAAGCUGGGGAAACGGCCCAUUAGCAGAGGAGCCUGGCAAGAUACGGGAGUUUCAGGCCACACAUUAAAUAUAACAAGAGUUAACAGAGUGCAUAUGGGGCAAUACAAAUGCAUUGCAGACAACGGAAUCCCACCUCAAGCAACCCAAACUUUUAAUUUGGAAGUCUAUUUUCCGCCUCUUAUCCGGAUAUACAAUCAGGUGGUCGAAGUGCCGACGGGAUCUUCCGCCGUUCUUGAAUGCGAAACCGAAGCUUUCCCGGAAUCUAUUAGGUAUUGGGAGAGAUCUGAUGGACGUCUCUUAGAAAACGGAAAUAAGUACCAAAUUGACAACUCGCUAGACAGGGAUCUUUAUAAAGCGAGAAUGCAGCUCAAUAUCACCAGAGUACAUUCAAACGACAUGACUUAUAAAUACUACUGCGUCAGUAAGAACGAACUGAAAACCAUCCGGGGAGAACUCCAAAUUCAAGAACAACAGGCAGGCAGGCCGCGUCAGCAACUUAACGACAAAAAGACAAGCAUUUUCGGGAACCUCCCCCCCAUCCAAGUCUCCGAGGAGGACCUCUGCGGCCCCCCGGUGCAGUGCCCCGAGUGCGAGGCUUGCAGCGCUAGCGGCGUCUCCCUCAUCGACCUCAUAAGUCGCUGGAAUAUUCGAAAAUUCGGCAACAUAAUGUACGACAAGGAUUACUCAAACAGGACCACCAAUUGCGUUUUGUACGCGGUGGGUAAACCGGUGUACCAUCGCUAUUCCGACCACAACAAUGGGUGCUGGAUGCGCGACUCCAGUCCAUUGGUUGAAAAAGACGCUGAAAAAUUCUGGGUGACUCAGGAGGACGACCCCAAGCACCUGUUCCAGUUCGAUAACAAAACCAUGUUUAGGAGAAACGCUCCGUCGAGGACUUACUCGUUGAGUUACCCGUUUCAGGGGAACGCACACGUCGUUUAUAACGGAUCGUUCUAUUACAACGCUAAAUCGUCCAACAAAAUAAUCAAAUUUAAUCUGCAGACGAGUCAUUCGUAUAAUUUGAGUUUGCCCUUUCCGUACCCGACUAAUUCGACGAAUCUCUAUACGGCACAGUACAACUACAUGGAUUUCAGUGUUGACGACAACGGAUUGUGGGUGAUAUUCCCCGUUCCAGAUUCAAACAACACGGCUGUUAUGAAGAUGGAUGUAAAUUUGAUGAAAAUUAACUACAUCUGGAACGUAAGCAUUAACCACAAUAAAGUAGGGGAAAUGUUUAUUGUUUGUGGAGUGUUAUACGCAGUGGACAGCGUAACUGACAGAAACACGAAAAUUCGAUUCGCUCUCGAUCUCUACAACGAGAAGCUUCUCGAUGUUAAUCUUGCAUUUUCGAACCCUUUUAGGAAAACAACAAUGAUAGGAUACAACCACAGGAAUAAGGAGUUGUAUACGUGGGAUAAGGGCAAUCAAUUAACUUAUCCCGUGCGGUAUCACGAAUCGGGGUAUAACAUGACGGACAGGGACGAUAAAAUUUUCGCAAGUGAAUUUGCGCAAAGAGAUAUGCCUACAGGGUACAACGUUUUUCAUUGAGGGAUGCCACAGGAAAUAUAAAUUGGUGGCUCCUUACAGCAAAGUAGUUAAUCUCCAUUUCGUACCAAUGUUUAGAUGAGUUUAAUCAAUUGUGAAAUUUGUACUAACAAUUGCGACUUUAGUAUUUGUGACACUUGUAAAUAAAAACUGUUUUUUUUUC